AUUUAAAUGACAAAGCUGUCAAUUUUUUUAAAUCAUUUUCUUAACAUUUCAGUCAAAUUCAUUUUGUAACCUAAGUUUUCUUUAACUGUUAGCUAAUUGUAGUGCUUACCCGAAUGUGAAUUUUAAAAAAAUGAUGAUUUAUAAGUGAUUAAAGUAAUGCUUUGCAAAUUUAUUUCAAAAUCUACAAAACUGAUAAACUUACGCAUUGCUUGUAUAGUGUGCAUUCAGUCAAAAAGUGUAUCUUAUAAAAGGAAAAUGUUUAAGUCUUCUGUAAUAAAUCUCCAUGAAGCGCCCAAAGAAAGAGUUCAAGAUUUUCUUGAUUCUUUUGAUACUGUUUUAACCGAUUGUGAUGGUGUGCUGUGGAUUGAAAAUAAUGCAAUUCCUGGUGCUGCAGAUACCAUUAAUUAUCUUCGUAAAUUAGGCAAGAGAAUAUUUUAUGUUACCAACAACUCCACAAAAAUACGUAGUGAUUUUGCUGCCAAAGCACAGCAGUUAGGUUUUAUUGCUAGCUCAGAAGAAAUUCUUUCAACUGCUUACCUUGUUGCACAUUACCUUAAAGGCAUUGGUUUCACAAAAAAAGUUUAUCUGCUGGGAUCAAAUGGUAUUGGGGAAGAGUUGAAGGCUGUUGGUAUUCGUCAUAUAGGUGUAGGGCCGGAUCAUGUGAAACCAGAUUUUAAAUCUAUGCAUCCAUCUGAUUUGGAUCCUGAAGUUGGUGCUGUUGUGGUUGGCUUUGAUGAGCAUGUCAGCUAUCCAAAGUUCAUGAAAGCAGCUUCAUAUCUUGCUUCAGAGGAGUGCCUGUUUGUUGCAACAAAUACAGAUGAGAGGUUUCCAAAAGCAGAAUCAAUUGUUGUUCCUGGAACUGGUACAUUAGUUAGAGCCGUGGAAACUUGUUCAGAGAGGAAAGCAUUAGUGUUGGGGAAACCUCAUGAAUAUGUGAGAAAAUUCUUAGAGUCCUGUGGACUCAAUCCUGCAAGGACACUUAUGAUUGGUGACAGAUGCAACACUGAUAUAGAGCUAGGUGUCCGUUGUGGUUUCCAAACACUCCUGGUCCUCACCGGUGUCACAUCCCCCAAUGAGCUGGAGAAGAUUCGAAAUGAAAAGAAACCGCCGUUACCUGAUGUAGUCUUGCCGAAAUUGGGAGAUUUGCUCUCUUUAGUAUCUUCGUAGUUGUUAUUAACAUAGCGAUCAUUGUAGGACUUCUUCAAAUAAAUAAGUAGGUCAAUUUACAUUGUGAUAGUGUUUUUGUAAGCUGUUUAAAAUACAGUGAAUGGAAGUAUUUAUAAGUGUUACUUCAAAUGAAGUGUUAACAAAGUUCUGUAAAGCUUGAUGAGAUUAAAGGAGAAUGUUUAAAGCUCAAUUUUUAUUGGAAAUAUUGUAAUUAUUUCACGCCUUUUAAUGUAUGUGCUAUUUAAAGACUACAGCGCUUUUGUUAUUUUUGAUAAUUUUGAUCAAAUAGGCUUACCAACUUGUGGUACGGUUGAGUUUUUCCUAUGUAGUACAAUCACGAAACUUACAGCACAACGAAAAACCAAAUGGCACAAUUAUACUUUCUCCGCUAAAUAAUAAUUAAUGUUCUCUUAAACAUGGCUCACCAAUGUUCAAUUCCAGUUAUUUAUGUAAACCGAUUUAAACGUGAUUUUAUUCAAAUCUAACUUUAAAAUGGAUGGCAAGGAAGGAUUAUGUGUCAGGCACGAGUCUUAUAAAAUGUGGUGGGGUUGAGAUGCUAGUACAAUAAAUAUAAUAAGAUAGGUGGUUUCCCAUGGCCGGAUUUAGUGGUUGGGGGCAACGAAGGAGUGGGGGCCCCAAUUUAAGAAUCUCGAACUCUGGGCCUCCUACGAUUUGCAAUCCUCCCCUGGUUGGUGACUGGUCGAAAUGGAGUUAUUGUUUUAUCUCUGUUGUGGGGGCUCCUGUGGGCCACAGCCCCGUCUGCCCUGCCUUAAAUCCGGCCCUGUGGCUACCUUUAAUAAGUAAAUCUAACUAUGAAACUGAUUGAUUUUAGACACUAAAAUGUACCCCUCUUUAUCAGAAAAAGUUGACUUAAGGUGAAACCCUGCAUAAAAACUUACUGUCAUGUCAUUAUUGUUAAAAAGAAAACAAAGACAACAUUACUUAUUUGGUCUCAGUUUAUUAUAAGAUGGAAUAUAACUAUAAUGCCAUUUUUAUAAUAGAAUUACUUUUUUCUUGUAACUAUGAAAAUCUGCCGUAUUUAGUAGAAGCAAAAUAAAUAAAUGAUUGUAUAGUAAAAUAAUAAUAAAUUUGCAGUAACGCGGCAGACCAAUAUAAAGGCAAAACUUAUUUCAUUGCCUCAAAUCUAGGUUAUUGUCUUAAUUGCCUCUGAUUUACAGUAGCUACGUUGCUUGCGUUGGAAUUUCAUGUGAUGAUAUCUUAAAUUAUAUUCGUAGAUAAUUGUCAAAAAAAUAUUUUGGUAUAAGCACGUAUUUAUCUUUUGAAAUUUAUAUUACAAAAGUUUUAUUAUAUUGCUUUUAUGAUGCUGACAUUUAACAUGUGCUUCUGCGAUUUUUUGAAACGUUAUUUUAAUAAGAAGUUAAUACAUACUCUUGUUAAUUUUGUAGGUUUUUUUAAUAAAAAAUGAUAUGAAUGUUAACA